AGUCAAGCUAACAUUCAGCUGGUAAGAUGUGAAGAUGGCGGAGCUUCAAAUGCUUUUGGAAGAGGAGAUCCCGGCUGGCCGUGGCGCUUUACUUGACAGCUACGCCAACCUAGAGAGAGUCGCUGAAUACUGCGAGAGCAACUAUGUUCAGUCCCCAGAUAAGCAUCGUGCGUUGGAGGAGACCAAGAGUUAUACGACCCAGUCCCUGGCCAGCGUGGCCUACCUCAUCAACACCCUCGCCAACAAUGUGCUCCAGAUGCUCGACAUCCAGGCCUCCCAGCUGCGACGCAUGGAGUCCUCCAUCAACCACAUUUCACAGACGGUGGACAUCCACAAGGAGAAGGUUGCCAGGCGGGAGAUUGGCAUCCUUACGACCAAUAAGAACACUUCCCGCACGCACAAGAUCAUCGCCCCGGCCAAUCCGGAGAGGCCUGUGCGCUACAUACGCAAGCCCAUCGACUACAGCCUGCUGGACGAUGUGGGACAUGGCGUGAAGGUGAAUGCCCAGAACAUGAAGACGGGCACCAUCCCCCGCACCGCCGCCCCCACACAGAAACCCCCCAGCCCCCCCGGGCCUGGCAAGGGCACCCUCGGGCGCCACUCCCCCUACCGCACCCUCGAGCCGGUCCGCCCUCCCGUUGUCCCUAACGACUACGUGCAGAGUCCCACUCGCAACAACUCCCUCACCUUGCAGAGCCCGGCACGCACGCCGAGUCAGACCGCAACUCUUAAUCGGACACGCACCUACAGCAGUGGCAGUAGUGGCGGCAGCCACCCCAGCAGCCACAGCAGCAGUCGCGAGAACAGCGGCAGCGGCAGCGUGGGCGUGCCUAUCGCCGUGCCAACACCAGCCCCGCCCUCCGCCUUCCCAGGUAACGGGCCUCAGUUCUACAGCAUGAACCGACCAAUGACGCGUCAGCAGGCGGCCCCCAACGCGGGCGGGUCCCUACCCUACCCCCGCCGGCCCCCCUCCGUCAGCAGCCAGGGGGCCAUGCCCCCCCCCACCCAGAUCCCCGUGCAGACACAGAACCAAAACCAGCUCAACGGCGGACCACACUACCAGAACCAAGGUCCGGCGGCCCCCCCUCCCCCUCCCUCCAUCCUGCAGAUUACGCCCCAGCUGCCUCUCAUGGGCUUCGCCGCACGCGUGCAGGAGACCAUUUCGGAUGCGCCCCCGCCCCCUCCCCCCGCGGAUGAGCCCGUAUUUGAAGAGGCCCCCCCUCCACCUCCCCCAGAGGACUACGAGGAUGAGGAAGAAGAAGAGGAGGAGGAGGAGGAGGAAGAGUCGGCCGUAGUGGAGUACAGCGACCCCUACGCAGAGGAGGACCCCCCAUGGGCACCCAGGAACUACCUGGAGAAAGUGGUGGCCAUCUAUGACUAUGCUCGUGAUAAGGAGGAUGAGUUGUCGUUCCAAGAGGGGGCGAUCAUCUACGUGAUCAAGAAGAACGAUGACGGCUGGUACGAGGGCGUCAUGAGCGGAACUACCGGCCUGUUUCCUGGCAACUACGUGGAGUCCAUCAUGCACUACAACGACUGAAACACACAACACAUGCACAACACGCGCAUUACACACACAUGCAUAAACAAGACAACACACACACACACACACACACAC